UAGAGCGGACGCGCACUGCACACAAUGCACACCCGCGGAGGGAUAUGACUUUUCAAGCACUCCGCCUGUAUAUAAGAGAUGGUCGCUGCUCGCGCCACGUCAGUCUGCAGGUGUAAUGAAGAGGAAGAAAAGUUGAGAUCUUGCCGGCCGUAACAUUCCGACACCAUCGUCAUCAGCUUCAUUGAAUUCCUUUUAGGUUUAUCCCCUUGCCAGGAGCCAGUCGGUCACUCUCCCACCGGUGCAGAUCACAGCCCCGCAGCCAUGGCGGUAUAGCGGUGGCAGCAGCCAGCGGCACUCCCUCCUCAGGCCAGUGCAAGGCGACAGCACCCAGCGGCGCUGGCAGCACCAGGCUUCGGCAUCAACAUGGCGCUCCUCAAGGUAUCCCGCAGCAGCUCUGCUGUAUACGAGAAAGAAAGCUCAAAAUCUACUUUCUACCUAAAAGCUCUGAUACGUGACAACAAUGAGCCUGUUGAGCGAAGAGAUGUUGUUGGGGGACUUCUUGUCCCCCUUCAACAAGUCGUUUUUGGCGGCUGAGGAAAGUUUGGGUCUCUUGGAUGAGUACAUUGAGGUGCCUGGGUACCUCCCAUUGCAUGGGUUGUCCAGCGAUAAGGCUAAGAAUGGCGUCUCCGAUCUGCUGCCUCUGGAGGAAUCUCUUGGCAGUUUCCAGGGGGAUGCAUUCUCCGGCAUGGACUGGAUGGUGGAAAAAAUGGACCUGAAGGAGUUUGAUUUUGAUUCCCUGCUUGGGAUAGAAGAUCUAGAAUCCGCUGUCUCACCAGACGAGCUUAUGGCCACGUUGGAUGACUCGUGCGAUCUCCUAGAGGACCCACCUCUCCCAGUGGUGCUUGGCCAAUACAUGCCAUCACCAGACACACAAAUAUCUCUUGCAGAACAUUCACUGGAGGCAGAUCAGGUGGCCCCUAAGAGUCCAGAUCAAGUAAUGUCACAAGUCUCCAGCCCAGACAAUUCCUUUAUAUUAGAUGUAGGCAGCGAGGUAGAUGUUGCAGAGGAGGAUAAAAGAUCCUCAUCCACAUACACUCUUGAAGCUGUCAAGUGUGAGAAGGAAGAUUCCUCAGAUAAUGACAGUGGCAUCUGUAUGAGCCCAUCCUAUCUGGGAUCUCCCCAACAAAGUCCCUCAUCUACUGUUGAAUACCCUAGUAGUGUUCAUUCCUCCCCCGCAUCCCCUACUUCUGAGAGACCCAAACCCUACGAUCUUCCCUCUAAGGAUAGAGAAACCUUGUCUAAGGUAAAAGUUGUAGGGCAACCCAAAGUAGACAAAAAGAAGAAGAAAAUGGAGCAGAACAAAACAGCAGCCACUCGCUACCGGCAGAAGAAAAGAGCAGAGCAAGAGUUAAUAUCUGCAGAGUGUAGAGAACUGGAAGCCAAGAACGAUGCCCUAUCAGAGAAGGCUGAUUCUUUAGCAAAAGAAAUCCAGUAUCUAAAAGACCUGAUGGAAGAAGUCCGCAAGGCCAAAAGCAAAAGAGCAAAUAGUACCUAGGUCAGGAGAAUGUUGGGAGCGUUGUGUAUGUUGUAAAUAGGUCACGUGGUGUAAUGUUAUGCACGAAUGUCUACUUAAUAAAUUAUUUUAUAGUUAAAUGUAUAA